AUGUCUGAUACACCACCUCUAGAAUACACAAGGUCUGCUGUGUCACCCGAGAGCCUCCCGCAACAACUCGAAACCGCCGAACGGGAGCUCUGCCAUAUUAAGAAGGAGAUAGAAAAAAGCGCGGACCCAGAGGCGUACACAAAAAGCAAGAAGGACGUUAUCGACGAGUGCUUAACCGUCGUUUGUAACGUAGAAAGCGGUGGUUGGGUUGAGGAUGAUGACAUUGUUGAGGAUGAUGACAUCGUCGAGGAAUCCCUUCCCACGGGGUAUACAUGGAUGUGUAAGCAGUUUCAGGAGCGGAUGGACAGGUUGCAGCUGAAGAUCGUGAGGAACGUGAAGGGGUUUGCGAGUAAAGAAGGCAUUAAGAAGCGUUACAGAGCGGAUAAGGCGUUUAGGGACAUGUACAUGUGCUAA